AUGGCGACGACGUCGACCACUGAAAUCACGACAACAGAAGACGUGGUGAUGAAAACGGACGACGACGUGGUGGUGGACGAAGGAGAAGAAGAAGAGAAAACAGAAGAGAGGAAACAACGACAACGUUUUCUGCUGGAAACGGGUUCAUUGCAGCGUCGACUGUUGAUCUACGGAAUUGCUGGUAUUCUCGCCGCCGUGGGGGCGUGGCUUGUCUUGGCCAUCGCAGUUGACAACGUUUCGAUUCUCAUUGAAGGCGGCGGAAUGCAUCUCGACAACCUCGUCGGACAUGUGGCUUCUGGCUAUGAGAAGGUGGAGAAAGUUUUCAAACGAAACUUCGCCGACGGUUGGGAGCGAGAGGGUGCGUCGAUUACCGUAUACCAUAAGGAUCGAGUGAUUGUUGAUCUUCAAGGAGGAUAUGCGGACAAAGCAUCUGGAAGAAAAUGGACUCCGGACACCAGGACAGUUGUAUUCAGUACCACAAAAGCGGUUGGAGCAGUCUGUGUAGCGAUUCUGGUCGAUCGUGGGUACAUUAGUUAUGACGACAAGAUGAGCAAGAUUUGGCCAGAGUUUGCGCAGAACGGGAAGGAGAAUAUCACUAUUGAUUGGCUCAUGUCUCAUCGGGCCGGUCUCGCUGCUCUCGACAUGCCAAUUUCCAUCGAAGACGCCAACGAUUUCGCCAAAAUGAGUGAAGUCAUCGCCUCCCAAAAACCCAACUGGGAGCCUGGAACCAAAUCCGGCUACCAUGCAAUCACCUACGGCUGGAUCGUAGAUCAAAUCGUUAGACGCGCCGAUCCCCAAGGAAGAUCAGUCGGCAGAUUCUUCAAGGAAGAAGUCGCCGACGUUCACGGAAUCGAUUUCCAUAUCGGUCUUCCGCCCAGCGAAGAGCACACAGUAUCCCGGCUAUCUAUGCCUUCCACAAUGCACCUCUUCCGAGAAAUCGUCCACGAUCCUCGUGUUCUUAUCGUUCUCGCUGUAUUCAACUUGCGUCCUCCAAACUCUAUCGCUAGAAAAAUCGCCGCCAAUCCAACUUGGUUCAAAUUAGAGCAGGAUGUUAACACUUUCAACAACCCAACUCUUCAUGCUAUGGAGCAAGUUGCUGCUCUCGGAAUCACCAAGUCAAGAGACUUGGCUAGACUCUUCUCGUUGGUUCAACAGGGGAAGUUGUUCUCGAAGGAUCUUUUGGAGAAGUUCCGUGUUCCUCAAGUGCAAGGAAUCGAUGAAGUCGUCAUGACUCCAUUACCAAAAGGGCAUGGUUUCUUGUACGAGAGACAUCCAAUGAGCGGGAAAAAGUGGCUUGUCGGGCACCCGGGUUACGGUGGAAGCACCAUCAUGAUGGAUCUGGAUGACGGAAUCACCAUUGCUUAUGUUUCCAACGGCUUGAAAACCGGGAUGGGAGAGCUCACGAGAACCUAUCGUCACCUUCGAGAUGCAGUUUUUGAAUGCCUGGAAAAGCAAAAAAAUGGAGCCAGUGUCUUCAUCGAGGACGCUGUCCAAGCAGUAGCUGCUUAA